UCCAUACAUUUUACUAAAACUCCAAUCACCUGACAAACACCACAUGAAGAGGCCAGACUCCAGACCCACAAACAUUAUUUUGUCCACAUGGAUGGCCAGUGCACAUCUGACCCACUAAUUCCCCCCUCUCUCUCUAGAAUUUGUUAAAUAUUUUCCCUCUCAUUCUUAAAAUUUGACACCUAAUUCACUUCCCACUAAAAAAAAAUCAACAAUGCCUACAUAUAUUCCAUCAUAUCCUCUUCUGUAAACAGUAAGAACCAAAAAAAGCUACAAUCUUGGAACUUUUUAGGUUGCACCCAACAAAAGAAAGAAUAUUAUGAUAUUAAUUCAAUAAUCUUUUUUAUAAAAUCUUUGAGUUUUGAUUAUUUGAAAAUAAGAAACGGUGCAGUGGUGGUGGUGCAAAUGGGAGAUAAGGAGGUUUUGCAUACUUUGAGAGGUGAUAAACAGAAGCAAGUAGGAUGCAUGAAUGGUCUCUUCCAGAUGUUUGACCACCGCUACUUUCUUGGUCAACGCCGAAAUGGUCACACCCACAAGAGGCUGCCUCCAGGUCAAAGUAACAAUGGUGAAACAGAGCUCAUGAAUGACAAGGAAAACUCCCCAAAGGCGGUCAUUAAAGAGAAAAACAGUCUCUCUAUCGAAUUACCAAGAAACUCGAUUUCUUCUUCUAGCUCGUCUACCGCCAUGCCACCAUUAGAUUGUAGCAAACGAGUUCAAACAGAAUUGUCGUCUUGCCAAAGUGUCAUCUCCGAACCCUCUUCAACUCCAUUUUUACACAAAAAACAACCCGAUCUGUUUGUGCAAUCACCUGAUAUCAGAGAUGUCGUAAAGGAUUCAAUGACCAGAGAACCGCGUGUGGUAUCAAUUAAAAGAGUGGCAAAAGACGAACGAGUAGGGCCCACGAUGAAGCACGUUGAUUCCCCGAGGCCGUCCCCGCACGAAAAACCCAUUCAGUACGAGAGAAUUUAUAGGAACCUGAAGGAAUUAAAGGAGACAACACGGUUCUCGUGUGAUGGACGGGAAUCACGGUACCAGAUGAAAUCCGGUAUGACGAUCAAAGAGCUUCCGAGGUUGUCACUCGACAGCAGUAAUUCCACUAAGGAUCGAACGAGUAAUAAGCGAACAUCGUCAAGUGUUGUCGCUAGAUUGAUGGGUUUGGAAGCUCUAACACCCUCCGUUGAUGAAAGUAAAACCUCGAAAACAAACGGAUGUUUUUACGAAGAGUCGGUCGUGAACUCAAAACUAUCAAGAAAAGAGGAAGAAUUAAAGCAUGAUUGUACUUCUGUAUCCCCAGGGGUUCACAAAACUCAAAGGGGGGUUAAAGUCAAUCAUGUAUUUACAAGAAUACCCCUGGAAACGGCUCCAUGGAAGCAAGAACGCGGCGGUCGGGGCCCAUGGAAGCCACCUUUCAAGAGUAAGAAAGGUCCACGACGAGCUAAACCGGGUUCACUGUCGAUUUACGAUGAGAUAGAAAAACGUUUGACCGAACACGAGUUCGAAUCAGCUGGAAAGGAUCUCAGAGCCCUUAAGCAGAUUCUAGAAGCAAUGCAAAAGACGAAAAACAGGUUAGAGAACGAAGAAUACGCAUUCAAUAAUAGCAACGCUGAUGAUAGGUUGAGCCAAAAAGUUGACCAACCGGUUUCCCCCGCUAUAACUCCAAAAAAGGUCAAACAGACUGAAGCUAGACGAGAUAUGGUUCGUAGGAGUCGGUUGAAAGAUCCAAACGUAAGAGAAUGUUCUGGAACUGUGAGCCGAAAAAUGCAGAGAUCAAAGAACAGUAUAAUCGGGCCAUCGUCUGAUUUGAGCAGGCCCAAGAAGCAACCCGGUAUGCAACGACCUCCGUUGGGCUCAACGAACAAACAUCCAAAGGCAAAAACCGUAGAUCAACGGCAAGACAGUAGUGAUACAAGAAACUUGAGUCAACAAAGUGAAACGGUUUCCUUCCAAUCGAAUGAUUCAGAAGUCACGAGUACCGAGUGGAGCCAAGAGGUCAAUAGCCCGUUUCAACGAAAGAAAAACCACAGGGUGAGUGAGUCAACAGCUAAACAUGACAAACAUACCAUGGAACAACCCAGCCCCGUCUCGGUUCUUGAUGCAUUCUACACAGAAGACACGCCAUCUCCCGUAAAGAUGAAAGCUAUUUCCUUUAACGACGACGAAAACUUACAAUUUGAAGAGGCACAACAUCAGUAUUCUGAGUUCGAUAAGAUGAAACUAGAAAAAAUAAAGAACUUAGUUCAUCAAAUUGAACUAUUGAACACAAACACCGAUGAGGAUGAAACUGGAGAUCACAGAUAUGUAGAAGAGAUAUUAUUAGCCUCGGGAUGCUUACGAGAUCUAGACGGUACCGCCGCAAUAGCUCAACUUCACCCAACCGCCGGUUUCAUUAACCCUGAGUUAUUCCAUGUUUUGGAGAAAACCAAAAUACGCGACAAAAAGUUUAUGAGAUCGAAAAUAAGAAGAAAAUUGGUAUUUGAUACUGUGAACGACAUUCUUGGCGAUAAACUAGCCAGGUUCGGUCCUUUAGGGCCACAUAAACGGAGGACUCGGAAUGCAGAUACGUUACUGAAAGAAUUAUGGUCGGGAAUUGACGGUCUGCAAAAUAAACAAGAAAUAGGCGUACCCGAUGAAGAUGAUGAAGUGACGGAUAUCAUAAAUGCAGAUGUGAAUAAACGGUCACAAGAUUGGGAUGAGUAUUAUCAUCAGGUUCCCGAUCUAGUGUUGGAUAUAGAACGGUUAAUUUUUAAAGAUUUGAUUACUGAAGUUGUGAACGAUCAAGUAAGCAGUCUGCAUGAUUGGCAAGUGAGGCCACAUUGUAGGCGAUUAUUCCCGAUGUAGGUUUCUGUUUUCUUCUCUUUUGCUGUUUUUAGAAGCAUAAGUUCUAGUGAAAUCAUGUAUCUGCAAAUCAAAUGUGUGUUCGAACGGAUAUGAAUUAUAAUACAAAAGAAACUGCAUUAUGUUCGUGUUC